AUGAUAAGAAUGAAUUCUAAACUUUUUAUACCUUUUUAUAUAAUUUUUGUAUUCCUAGUUAUUAGUUGUUUUUGUAAAGAUUAUGAAAAAAAAAAAAUUAGUUAUGCUGAUUCAGGUUUAGUAUAUUCUUAUGCUGAAAGAGCUACUAAACUUUACAAUAAAUAUCUUGGAAGAGGAUUCAAUCGUGUAGAUGUAUGUGAAGUUCGUAAAGCUCAUGAAAGAGUUGGAAGAAGAACAAGGGUUAGACUUUAUUAUAUAGUUACUAAGCAUAGAUGCGCAAAAAUUGCAGGAAAUGUUUGUUGGUUGGCACUUACAGCUCAAAUUCUCAAAAGAAAAGAUGGUAGAUUUUCUGUUGAAACAGUUGGUGUAGCAGUUAACCCUAAGGAUAUUAAAGGUUAUCCUAUAUGUGAAUUUCCUAGAUAUAUUUAA